AUCGUCUUUGCAAAGAGAAGGGCACAGCCGAGCCCCCUUCUUCCUUUUGUGAAGACGCCAGCAAGUUGCAGCCGAGCCCCUUGCAUCCCCAAGUCACUGCAGUGGGUCUUCCUCCACCCGUGGGCAUGGACUUGCAAUCAGUGCUGACGCUGGGCGGUCUCUUGGGAGUGUUUCUCGCUGUGUUUGCCUCCUCUGCAAGAAUGCUGGUGGACUCCAAUGGUAGUCUAAGACGAAAAGCACGGACAAAACGGCAAUCAUGUGAUGGUGCUCUCAUUGCAGUAGUGAGGAGACAUUAUUCUUCUUCUUCUUCUUGGAUGGGCCGUGACGCUGCUGGCGGGGGCAUCGAGUGCCCAUUUUACCUGAGCGCGUUGCAGGGCGUGUACGGCCCGUCGGUGGGGCUGCACCCCAACCUGAGCCUGCCGUUCAACAUGACACUCAAAGACGGAGAUCCCAUUGUUCUGUGGGUGGGUGGGCAUGGCUCCAUAUGGAUCGGCCAGCGAGUGUGUGUAUGUGUGUCUGUGUGUGUAUGCGUGUCUGUGUGUGUGCGCAGUAUUGCAACGAGCUGCUGUCCUUCUACAAUACCACAUCGAACCAAACACAAAGUGACCAAUGUUCAUCAUGACGCAGAAACACAGACACCGUCCGGAUCUCUCUCUCUCUCUCUCUGUGUGUGUGUCUAUGACCCCACCACUGCGCAUGCAGCGCUUCCCAUGAAGCCCCAGCAGUUUUGCGCUCCAACGAUGGACGGCAAGAGCAGGUGCACCUGCCAGGUUUUCCCAUGGGAGCGCACAGACAACCGCACAGACAUGCCGGUGUGCCUCCCGCUGCCCAAAGAGCUCAAGGAGAAGUGGGUCAGCGACACUUCCUUCGUGCAACAUACACGUGGCUAGCUAGAGUAGGGCGGCGCGCAUUGUGUAUGUGUGUAUCGUGUGUCGUGUGUCUCUGGCUCUCUGUGUCACUGUUGAGCUCUCGUGGCUUUCUCCUGUGCACCAUCAAUCAACGUACCCAUUGCUGCAUUCAUCAGGUCAAACACAACCUGGG